UCAUCAUCCACAAUCCAUCCAAAAUACAUACUUGGUAAUAAGUUGUACCAUCGCAAGACACCAAAUAAUGUCUGAAACCCCGCCUGUCCCACUCCCCGAGGGGAAGAGGACCUCCUCUCCACCGCAUAAUGCGCCCACCACAAAGCGUGCGAAGAGAGGGCCACAAGGCGGUGGGAUGGGAGGACAUGUUACCGAAUCUGACCUUGUCAAAAUCGUACACGAAACAGUUCGCAUUCUGUGCGGUAUGCCAGCUCCGAAUUACCAAGGAAACCUCGCUCCCGAUAAGUGGCCGACACCUGAUCCUGUCAACGCGAAAGAUGGGAGGAUGAAGGACGAGCAAGGGAAGGAUGUUUGGAGACCCGAUUGGGGAAAGUUGGGGGCUUUGUCGACAAUGAACUUUGUAGUACAUGCUACUAUUGCAUGCCGGAAUCAUCCAAUGUAUCAUGAGAGCAUUACCGAUUCCAUCUUGACGGACAGAGUAAAAAAGUAUAUCCAGUCAAUCCAUAAAGGAAGAAAAAAGACUCCCAAGAGAAAAGAAGCCAAGAACGAUAGACGCGCUAUAAGGGAAAGACAAAGAAGGCUGCAAGAUUUUAUAGUCAAGAAUUUUGACGAUACACCCCUCGGGCAUUGUCGAGAACGUAGCCUAUUGCGCGAAGCGUUCAAGCCGAAUGGUAUCCUUGCUACAUUACGGAUCGUCCAUCAUUCGCAAGUACUCCAACAUGGGUUGAGGACGGUCAGCCAUUCCAAAGCUAGUGUGCGUGUUAAGAGGAGGGACGUGGUUAACGGAGGGGGCGGUAAUGGUGUGGUUGAUGAGACGGGUAUGAGUGUGCGUGAAGGUGUGGGCGAUGUCGAUGAAGACCAGUAUGAUGGUGAAGACGCCGAGGCUGAAGAUGAAGAGAGUCAAGGCGCCAAUACGCUGGCCAGCGCAAUGGAACAAGCGAUGGGAGAGUGUGGCCAGAUACCACCAUUUGAUGAGUUUCAGAUAUACACUGAUGCAUGGUGGGGUGAGGCUGCUACACCGUUUUAUGUCUCUCUCGACGUAUGGUGGUGGUCUGAACUUAUGCGGUGGGCUGUAUGGACAGCGUACGAAUGUUAUCGCCUCUCCCCCAUCUCAUCCGAACGCCCACCACCUGCCCAUCUCCCUAUCGAGAAAAUCGAUCUUUCCUCUAGCUUUCGUUUCACUAACUCACCGCCCCGCACCCGCUCUGGUCCCGGUUGGCCAUCCAUCUGGGCUUGCCCAGGCAUGAUCGACUACCCCACCGUCCAAAGUAUCAACCCCAACUCCAUCCCUCCUCCCACGUCUCUCCCUCCCAACCCUCUUCCUUCCCCUUCCGACCUCCUCCUCCCUCCACUGAAAGACUUGCUGAGAAAACCACAGCAUAGCAAAUUGUAUACCUCUGUAACGAAACAUUUGGAACAUCCGAGGUUGUUAUCUGAUGAUCAGCUGGCGGAACUUUGGGUGUUGAGGCAGAAUAUGAGGACAAGGAGGGAGUAUGAGUUUGCGUUGGGGAGCUUGACAGGGGAUGGGAAGAGGAGGUCUAUAGUAGGGGAAGGGGGGUUGUUGCGAGGAUUAGGAUUGGGACCAGGAUUAGGAUCGCCGGGAGAUGGAGAGAGAGCAGAGGGGGUAAUUGGUAUCGAAAGCGUUGAGGGGAAUGUAGAUGGAGAGGUUCGAGACGGAGAAGAAGGGAACGCCAUCAACCCCGAGCAUGCACCUCCCCAAUCUCUUUCAAACUCUCUAUUGCCCACAAGGUCGACUCAACCUCGCGACGUACCACUUGCACGUCAAGCUCAGGGCCCUCAGGCAGUUAUACACUCCGUAAACCCUACAACAGCAGAACAGCCUGAACAACCUAAACAGCUAGAGUCAGAACUGGGGCCUGAACCCGAACUUGGGCCGGAGCAAACUCAGCUUAUCGGCUUGGAAGCCCUCGGAGAAGUGGUAGGCAAUGCGAUACACGCGGCGGCGUUGGCAGAGCUGAAAAAAAAAGGAAAUAGUGACGAUGAAGUCGAUGAGGAAAUCGAAAUGCUUGAGGGUUACGAGGAUAUCAGUUUUUAACUAUUUUUAUUUUUUUUGCGUGGACCAUUUUGGCAUAAGAUGAGAUGUGGACAAUUGUUGUAAGAAUUUUUGUAAGUUGUAUGUUACAUCCUAUUUUUAUUUCACAAUGUUAAGCUCUUGCAUGUUG